AGGCGUCUGGUUGUGUGUCCGCAGAAAGUUCAUCCAAAAUUCCGCGCUGACUUCGAUUUGUGUUACGGCUACUGCUGCCCCAAAAAGAAGGCAACGUGGUCUGUGCAAGAAGUCCCCACUCAAGUCUGAAACUUGUGACAGCCAGGGAUACACGAGCCUAGUAGCUUAAAAUUACCAAAGCGCAGGAAGUCAAGUGGUCGAAGCGCUUUAAUUGCCCCCGGUUGAAGUCAUUUUCCGCUCUUUUAAAGUGCGUGUGUGUGCGUUUGGGCGAAGUGCGCUUUUUUCGCAGUCGGGCUAAGGACCUGAAACAGAACUAUCUUCGCCGAGACAAGGCUUUUCGGUUGUCGACAGUCAUCAAAGCGGCUUAGAGUUACAGUAAGACGAACGAGGCGUCUAAGCCAAGCGCAUAGGCAUUUUCGUACAUUUGGGCAAUGUUGGAAGGCACUGUAAAUGGCAAGCAAUAGAAACACAAUUAUGUCAAAUUCGAAAGUUCGUUAACAUCAACAAUCAAUGCAAUAACAACAAAUGCUGCUGCGACAACGGCAUCCGCAGGCCCCUCAAAAUGUAAUUGGGCCAGGGCGUGGCAGCUUGGCAGUGGGCAACGGUCAACGGCAACGGCAGCAGCAAUAGCAACACCACUGAACCGCAAAAAUCGACAGCAGCAGCAUCAGGACACCAAACAAAAUACGCAACAUAAAUGAAGUUAACAACCUGUCAAAUUGCUAAAGUAUUUCCGCUGUUGACAGCCUUCUUCUUCCUCAAUUCUCCCAGCGCAGCCUCAUUAUCCUUCGGUUUGAGUCCCACCUUCGCCUCCGCCUCCGCCUCCAGCUCCUUGUCCUCGUCAUCGUCCUCGUCCUCCCACUUUCACUCAGAAAAACCCCUCCACUCGGAUGUACUCGUCCUGCGAGCGGCCAAGCCAUCCAGGGCCAUUGCAACAAGCGCAGAUGCGGCUACGCGGUCUGUGCCAGCGUCAGCGGCAGAAACAACACUUGGCAGCAAGUCAAUUUGGCCGACAGCUAUACAAACAAAAAGUCCACGUAAUGCGCGUGAAGCUGGACGUCACAAACGUCAAAUGCAAAAGCCCGCAAUCCAGCAGCAACCACUGCAGCAGCAGCAACAGCGCAUUAAUCCCCCGCAGCAAAAGCGACAGCAGCAGCAGCAGCAGCAGCAGCAAGUGCAACAUCAGGCUCAACGAGUGGGCGUUUUAAUACCUCCUUCGCUGCACGUUGAUUUGACGCAUGUGCAACAGGGCUUUCAGAAUUUCCUCGACUUUUUCCAACUGCAUUUAUUUAAUGUCACCGUCGAUUUUCUACGUGAUGUGGACUUAAGCGGCUUCAUUAAAUUACUCGAGCUGCCCAAGUACACGAGCGUUAUAAAGACUUUAAAUGCGGGCAUUAUGGUAGCCAGCCACGUGGACGUGGACCAAAAUUCCACUAUCUACAUUGGCACGCCCAGCCAGCCACGUCAGCAACAUCGGCUGCAUUCAAAGCAGGAGCAGGAGCCCCAUCGUCAUCAUCAUGAGGACUCCAAAGCAAAACAGUUUCCAGCGGGCGAGGAGGAAUCCCAUUCAUCGGGCGAGACCGAGGAAAAUCAUUGGAACGACGCCCGCAUCUUCUCGGGUCACUGUCAUCAGCUGGCGGAGCAACUGGCCCUCGAUUUCAAUAAGACCGUCGUCCUGUGGCCCUGUCCGCGAAUGAAAAUCUCCAGCAAUUUUCUUCCGUCAUUCGAAGCAAUUUCCCUAGCGGUACAAAGCAUUUCCACCAAGUUGAACUGGUCGCAAGUUGAUAUCUAUAUUGGCGACGACAAUUGGGGCCUGGGACUGGCCAUUGCCGCCAACUUGCAUGUGCCGUAUCGCAUCGAAAUUGGCAGGACAAUACGUGACCUGCAUUCGCAGGAUAAGCCGGGCAAAGCAAUUAUUAUCACAGCCCCGCUGAACGAUGCGAGCACCAUCCUCCUGUUGUCCACCAUCGAGUUGGACUGGACGGAGCAGGCGAGGAAAGACGGUCAGGGUUCAAGGCCCGGGAGGCAGCACACCAAAAUCCUGCUCAUCGACAUGGCGGCCAGCUCAUUGGACACUCAGCAUGGGUUCUACAAAUAUUUGUCUCGGAUGGGCGGAUCACAGAGUGACGCCUUCGCACGCAACACGGGUUCUCCAGCCGAAGUGGUCAGCAGCAAUCUUUUGGUGCUGACUCUGCUAAACGACAGACAUCGACUAUUUCUGAAUGCGGCCGGACUGAUGGCAACAAUGCAGAAUUUUCGCGCGCCCCUCAACGGCAACUACAAGGAUCCACCACCCUCCGGGCAUCGCAAUGCCAGCCUGCACAAGCUGUACCCGUACCGCAAUCUCCUCCCGCUCUACGAUACGAUUGUGACCACCACUACCCAAUCGGACACUUCAGAAACCAGUCCCCAAUUUGAUUUUGUGGUGCUGGACAUCGUUAGGGACGCCCCGGUCGCCACUUACAAGUGGAGACCACUGCUUAUUCUGGAGAGCGACCCAGGAAGUCGAGGAGGUGGGUCGGUGGUGGAAGGGGGUGGCUCCUACAUCUCCCACUCCAUACACCCUGGAUACGACGAGUGGUUGCUGGUCAGCAGUGUCCUCCUGUGGCAAUGUGGUGCCAUCUGCUGGACCAUCGCGGCGAUCUGUGUUUGCCUGUUGGUCAUCAUGAUAGCGGGCAUAGUAGCCGGGGGAAUCGCCAUGAGGAACUACUUCUUACGUAAGCGUCUCUCCAAGGGGCCCAACAAAAUAGUCCUUUCUGCCAGCGAUUUUGUUUUUCCAGUGGAUUCCCGAAGGGUUGAUGAGGGUAUAGAGGCCAUGCUAUGCUGUUGGCUACAGCAACUGCAGGAGUUUGGAGGCCCGGAAGUAGACAAACCGGAUCUUCUUAAGGGUUCCAUUGGCUCCCUUAAGAAUCUAGGUUUCGUGAUUCCCGGCGCAGCAGCUCCGGGAUCGGCUGGAGCCAUCACAACCACGGCGAACGGGAAAAGCGGCUCUUCCGCCACUGGCAGCUUAGCCAGGCACAACCCCGCCCAUCUGGACAUGAGAGCUCGGUAUAACGGAGAUCUCGUGCAGCUUAAGGAGGUGAAUAUAAACGGAUCUGCGGAAUUGCGCACCAAGGCAAUGGAUCUACUCGUAAUGGCCCAUGGGCUGAGGCACGAAAAUAUAAACCCCUUAAUUGGAUGGCUAUCAGAUCCAAACCGCACGGCCAUGGUCUUUGAUUACUGCUCCAGAGGAUCGCUGCAAGAUGUGCUUAUCAUGGAUGAGAUCAAGCUGGACUGGUCGUUUCGGCUAAGCUUGCUUACGGAUCUGGUCAGGGGCAUGCGCUACCUACACACCUCGCCUUUGAGAGUUCAUGGUGCCUUGACCUCGAGAAACUGCGUAGUGGAUGCUCGAUGGGUCCUGAAAAUCACAGACUAUGGGUUGAAUUCUUUUUAUGAAUCGCAGGGACUUCCGCCAAGAACCAGAAGUGCUAAAGAGCUAUUAUGGACAGCUCCUGAGCUCCUUCGAAACAUGAAGCUGCACCAGCAUCACCAUCAGCACGGCCGCAUUCAGUUGGGAACCCAACUUGGAGACGUAUAUUCCUUCGGAAUCAUAAUGCAGGAGGUGGUAGUCAGGGGAGAGCCCUACUGCAUGCUCUCCCUCUCGCCGGAGGAAAUAAUAGUGAAAAUUAAAAAGCCCCCGCCUCUGAUACGGCCCUCCGUUUCCAAGGGAGCCGCUCCCCCGGAGGCCAUCAAUAUCAUGCGCCAGUGCUGGGCCGAACAGCCUGACAUGCGUCCCGACUUCAACUCCGUGUAUGAGCGCUUCAAGAUGCUGAACCAUGGACGCAAGGUAAACUUUGUGGACACUAUGUUCCAAAUGCUCGAGAAGUACUCGAAUAACUUGGAGGAGUUGAUUCGGGAGCGCACUGAACAACUGGACAUUGAACGAAAGAAGACUGAACAGCUGCUGAAUCGCAUGUUACCAAGCUCGGUUGCUGAAAAACUAAAGAUGGGCUUGGCCGUCGACCCGGAAGAAUUUUCCGACGUAACCAUAUACUUCAGUGACAUUGUUGGUUUUACAACAAUCGCCGCCCAUUGCAGUCCGGUUCAAGUUGUAGAUUUGCUCAACGAUCUCUAUACGAUCUUCGAUGCCACAAUCAACGCCUACAACGUUUACAAGGUGGAGACAAUCGGCGAUGCGUAUAUGGUGGUGAGCGGGCUACCCGUAAAAAUACCCGACCAUGCUGAGCAGAUAGCUACCAUGGCCUUGGAUCUUCUGCAUCAAAGUGGUCGUUUCAAUGUUAAGCAUCUUCCCGGAGUUCCACUCCAACUGAGAAUCGGCCUCCACACGGGUCCGUGUUGCGCCGGAGUGGUGGGUCUCACGAUGCCCAGGUACUGUCUUUUUGGGGACACAGUGAACACGGCAUCGAGAAUGGAGUCGACCGGAUCCUCCUGGCGCAUCCAUAUGUCCCAGGAGACGCGGGAUCGACUGGAUGCUCGGGGUGGCUAUGCCAUCGAGCCAAGAGGUCUCAUCGACAUCAAGGGAAAGGGCAUGAUGAACACCUUCUGGCUGCUGGGAAAAAAAGGAUUCGAUAAGCCCCUGCCCGCACCGCCGCCUAUUGGAGAAUCUCACGGCUUGGAUGAGUCCCUUAUACGCAACUCAAUAACGUUGAAGGCGCAGGCCAACAAGUCUCGGACGAGCACAAAUCCCUCCUCUUCGCAGAGCUCCUCGCUGGCUGGGGAAUCCGUCGAGGUGAAGGUCGAGAUAACACCGCCCACCAACGCAGACCUGGCUUCCGGGACCAAUCUCCCCAACUCAUACUCCCUGGACUCCAAUUCCACCAACACAAUUAGCCCCAACGCCACCCUUUGUCCGGAGUUUCCGGGCAAGACAACCCCCAGCAGUACCAGUCCACAGUCGCGGAAGCUCUCCGAACUGACUCCAGAAAAUCUACUCAACCCGAACAGCUUUAACCGUCUGCCAAGCUCCACAGGAGGAUCCAGCUCAAGGCUGUACAAAAAGAUCGAGGAGAUGAUGGACCUCAGUUCGCCGUACAACCACUACAAAUGCCUCAGUCCCAGCGAGAGCAACCUCACCCAGUUCUACGACGGAAAAUACCUCUACGGCAGUGUGGCGGGCGGAGCGGGUGGUGGACAAGCGGGCGGAGGCGCCUGCGCCUCGAUAGCCUUGAGCGGAAGUGGGUGUGGGGGAGGAGCCUCUCGGUUCGACAGCAAGCCCGGCUCCAGUCGCCUUCUGCGUCGGCAGUUCAGCUUGGAUCGCGACGACCAGCAGGCGAAGGGAGAGCAGCAGCACCACCAGCACUCCCUGCAGGCAAACACCUACUCGGGGUUGGUGGGCGGUUGUGGUGGGGGUGUCAAGAGCUCCAUGCUGGACAUACCUCUCUUGCACGACACUACUCGCAGUCCCAAGGGAACGCUAACGCGGUCCCACAAGCAGAACUCUGCCUCGAUCACCCAGGAUCUGGAGAAGAUCGAGGAGAUCCCGCUGUCGCCGGCCUCCUCGCAGCACCACAGUAGCCUGGACAGCAAUCUAAACCGCAGUCCGCCAUCAACGCUGGAGGCGCAGUCGCCGCCGCUGCCGCCCAUGAGUCCGCCCCAGCUUUCCGCCCCCACAUCGCCGGCCCCGUCCAGGACUUUGAACGGGAUCUAUGCCCACAACAGCAAUAGUACCAGUUCCCAUGGUGCAGCCAACAACAAUAAUGGCACCCAUCCCGGCCCAGAGCUGACCCUUAAUGCAGAGCAACUGCUGAGCAGAUAGGGCACAAUCUAAGGCCCCCACACGGGGCGCCGUUUAAAGCUUUAGGUCUCAUCCGAACCGAGAUUGAGUGUGCGAGUGUGUGUGUGAUGGGGGGGAGGUCAAGCUGGAGAAAUGUUGUCUAACACCCAUGUUUCACCGACACACACUUUUUAUAUUUUUCCAUAAAAGGUGUCUUGAAAAUUGGGUUUCGGCUCGUGUGGAGUUGAAUGUGCCCGUGGAAUUAAUAAAUGAACCAGUACAAGCGAAAAUAAAGCCUUUUGCCGAACUAUAUCCCUUAUUUUUAAAAAGUAAAAUAACGCACUUGGCCUACAUUUAAACGUUCUUAGGUAAUAAUUGAUUCUUCAAGCGCAAAAUAUUUUUAUUUUCUGAAAUAUUUAGCAUAAUGUACUUUAUUAACCACAAUAAUCGUUUUUAGCUGUGAAGCAAAUUAAUGUACUUGCAAAUAUGUAUUCCAAGCUUGGGAAAGACUUGGCCAACUCGGUGAAAACUCAUCGACAGACUACAUUUCCCCAACGCAUCUUCCCAGUCCCACAGUGCGGUGUGAGUAUGUGAAUGAUAUCAAUUUGAAAAUGUUGUGAUGUGAAAGCAAAGUACCUCGAUCCAGGGCAGCUUCAUCCAGCUGCAAUUGAAAGUACAAUUUAGUUCAAGGUGUGACUAAUAACCUAGUCCGCAGUCCAUUGUCAUUAGCAAAAAUCUGCGUUUCUCAAAUAUAGAACGUAGGCUUACCGGAAUCUAUUUACUUCUAGGAAAAGAGGUCCUUGAGCAUUUAGUUGUACCCAGUGCUCAUAUUAGAUGGCUGACGACAUGGGUAGAUUGCUGAUCUUAAUAAAAUAUUAUUAUUUACUACUUUAAUGAUAAAAAUGCAAUAGCUAAAUAGCAAAUUAAAUGUAUUUAAUUAACUAUUAUGUAAACUUAGUAAUCAUUUGAAAACUUCGUAUAUGUAUGUAUGAUUUGAAGCGUGACAGGUAACAGAAAAAGAAACCAUUGUAAGCUUUUCUACAUAAAUUCAUACCAAACUAACAAAUAAUAUUGUAAUCAAAAUGUUUGCAUACUAAAUAUCGGAUCUAAAAAUGCUGGCUGUUCUUUUGUUUCACUCGUGUGCAUGUUCAAAUAAAUACAUAUGUAUACCUACUUAUAUAUAUGGGUACAUGAAGUUCCUUUAUAAUAACAAAAAAUUAGAUUACUUGGGAAUAUUAAUGAAUAUAGUGGACUUUAAAAAAUAUCUAUAAAAUAAGCGUCGCAUACGUGAAUUUAGUUUUCUAAAGACAAUCGUUGUUACUUUAAAAAAAAAACAAAAGGUAAAAAAAUAUUAUUAGUCCCCAUGUGAUCGAGAAGGGUUUGUCUCCGUGUCAUAAUAUAUUUUAUAUUUUGUAACCUAGAUGUAUUGUAAUCUCCACCUGUCCCAUGCGUAUGUGUCGAAAAUAAAUAAUAGUAUUCGCAUAGAUGAAUUGACCUCAUACU